CAAAUAUAUUAUUUCCACGUUAAGCUACUAGAAUUUCAUUCAAUUUCAACUUUUGUUCACAAAGGAGGGGCGAUUUGGAGUGAUGGCUGCAUCCGACGAAGCUGACAGGAAAUUAUUUGAGGAGUGGAUGGAAAAGCGCAACAAAGUAUACAAAAGCGAGGAGGAGAAGGAGAUUAGAUUCGAGACGUUCAAAAUUAAUCUCCAGGAGGGGCGAUUUGGACCGCUGGCUGCAUCUGCGAAAUCUGACGAGGAGCGUUUUGAGGACUACAUCAAACAGUACAAGAAAGAAUACAAAACCGAAGAUGAGAAGAAGAAAAGAUUCAAGUCGUUCCAAACAAAUCUCCGUGUUAUAGAUGCUUAUGAAGCUUUUGUUGCAGAUCAACACCCAGUAUUUCAUGCCAAGGGUUUGACCCAAUAUUCGGACUUGACUCUUGUUGAGUACUUAAGAGAGGUCCUAGGAAGGGAUGCGAUCCCCCCAGAUGUUAGUUGGAGUGACAGUGACAGUGACGGUGAGAUGGUCUGGUACAGGCACGGGUACGUGAGAGAUGCCAAGGGCGAGGAUGAGGACGAGGACGAGGAAGAGGACGGGGAAGAAGAAGAGGACGAGGACGAGGAUGAGGACGAGGAAGAGGACGGGGAAAAAGAAGAGGACGGGGACGAGGAAGAGGACGAGAGCGUGGACUUCAGGGCCGAGGGCAAGGGCAAGGGCAAAGACAAGGGCGAACUUGAGGUCGAGGUCGAUGUUUCUGUCAAACGUCAAAGGAGAGACUGUAAGUAAUUUUACCAAUACAAGCCAGCUAUAUCUAUGUGUUUGCAAAUACAUGUGUGUCUCUUUUCCCAUUAAGUGUGAUUUACUAACUAGAAAUUAGACAUUGUUAAAACUUUGUUUUUCCCUAUUUGAAAGUUAAUGUGGCAGUAUCUAUUAGCCAAGUUAUAAACAAAUCUGAGGCGUUUUUGCUAACUAAAGCAUACAUUGUUUAAAAAAAAUUGUGUUUUCCUUCUUGUGGCAGUAUUUAUAUUAGGCUACUUCCGUACUUUUCAAUGAAUAAUCAUUUUUCAUAU